AUAAUUUCUCAAUUAAAAAUCUUCUCGGCAGCAAUUUUUUCAAUAAUUUUAUUAAAUCGUUCAUUACUUCGUGCCCAAUGGAUUUCUUUAAUUAUUUUGUUUAUUGGUGUUUGUUUAGUACAAAUGCAACCCGAGGACGAGCAAAAACAAAAUACUGAAAGAAAAAAUGUUAUGAGUGAACAAAAUGUUUUGACAGGAUUUAUUGCUGCAAGUAUUGCUUGUGGACUUUCUGGAUUUUCUGGAGUAUUUUUUGAAAAAAUUUUGAAAGGAUCGGCGCCUGUUUCUCUUUGGAUGAGAAACAUUCAAAUGGCUGUUUUUUCAAUUCCUGCAAGCUUUUUGGCUACAAUGAUCCAAGACGGCUCUAAAAUAUCAGAACACGGUUUUAUGUAUGGUUGGGAUAUUGUAGUUUGGACAACAGCUUUUUGGUAUGCCGUUGGAGGACUUUCUGUUGCUGUUUGUUUGAAAUAUGCAGACAAUAUUGCCAAAAAUUUUGCUACUUCUGUUGCUAUUAUUUUGGCGACUCUUGGAUCUAUUCAAUUUUUUGGUUUUAAACCAAGUUUACUUUUUACAUUGGGGGCUACUUUAGUUAUUUUAUCGAUAUUUCUUUAUUCUUCGUCAACACAAAUUCUUCGAUUUUUUGGAAUAUAUUCAACACAAUUAAAUAAUAAAAAGGGAAGAAAAAUACCUCCAGAAAAGGGUUGUCCAGCAUAA